AUGGAGCGCUUGCAGAAGGAGGAUGCGCAGAGGAAGGAGGCAGAGGAGGUAGACGAAGAGGAGGAGGCGAAGAGGAAGGAGGCUGCGGAGGCGGCGAAGCUUGCGGAUGAGGAGGCGAAGAGGAAGGAGGCUGCGGAGGCGGCGAAGCUUGCGGAUGAGGAGGCAAAGAGGAAGGAGGCUGCGGAGGCGGCGAAGCUUGCGGAUGAGGAGGCAAAGAGGAAGGAGGCUGCGGAGGUGGUGAAGCUUGCGGAUGAGGAGGAGAAGAGGAAGGAGGCUGCGGCGGCGGCGAAGCUUGCGGAUGAGGAGGCGAAGAGGAAGGAGGCUGCGCAGAAGGCCGGGGAGGAGGAGGCGAAGAGGAAGGAGGCUGCGGAGGCGGCGAAGCUUGCGGAUGAGGAGGCGAAGAGGAAGGAGGCUGCGCAGAAGGCCGCGGAGGAGGAGGCGAAGAGGAAGGAGGCCGCGGAGGCGGCGAAGCUUGCGGAUGAAGAGGCAAAGAGGAAGGAGGCUGCAAAAGCGGCGAAGCUUGCGGAUGAGGAGGCGAAGAGGAAGGAGGCUGCAGAUGCGCUAAAGGCAGCGGAGGAGGAGGCGCAGAAAGCCGAAAAUGACGCUAGGAUUUUGGAGGACCAAGGGGUGCAGAGGAGGGCUGACGUGGAGCCGAUUCAGUUGGCAGCAGAUGAUCGCAUAGGACGUAAAGAACACAUGACAGUUGCCGCCGAUAGAGGGGAGGAUGGGGUAGAUCCGUGGGUUCGCCAGUUGGGAGGGAAGUUGAAAGAGGGGAUGUUAAGGGAGGGUGUAGAGAGGCAGACAGAGGUUCUGAGACAAGAUUCCGAGCGGCGGAAGAGGGAGAUACAGCAGGCAGAGGAUCGGCGGCAGAAGGAGGAGGCAAAAAGGAAGGAAGCAGAGGCUGCCGGGCGGCUGAAGAAGGAGAAACAUCGGGAGGAUGGGCGUAGGCAGAAAGAGGAGGCGAGCAAAAAGGUAGCUGAAGAGUUUGAGAGACGGAAGAAGGAGAAUCAGCGGGAGGAGGAGCGUCGGCAGAAGGCGACGAGAGAGGGGAUGAAGGAGAUGACGGAAUUGAUGAAGGUGAUGAAGAAGAUGAAGGCGGGUUUGAAGGAGACUAAGGAUGGGAUGGUAAAGCAGGUGGUAGAGGGGUUGACAGCGGUUCUGGCAGAGGACUCCGAGUGGACUUUGACAAAGGCCACCAAGCGAUUGAGGAAGAAGAAACAGCUGGACGAAGAGCGGCGGCAGAAGGAUGUGGAGGAUGGAAUAAAGGAGAUGAUGGAGGCUGUGAAGGAGAUGAAGUCGGGGAUGAAGGAGUUGAAGGAGGGGAUGCUAAGUGAGGUGGAGAAGAGGUUGGCAGUGGUUCUGAGAGUGGACGCCGAGCGGUUGAAGAGGGAGAAACAUGAGGAGGAGGAGCAGCGGCAAAUAGAGGAGGAGCAGAGAGGCAGACUGGCAGUAGAGGGAGAAACAGCAGGAGAUGGAGUGCCUGUAGAAGGAGGAUGCGCAGAGGAAGGAGGCAGAGGAGGCAGACCGGCACAGAGGGAGAAACAACAGGAGAUGGAGCGCCUGCAGAAGGAGGAUGCGCAGAGGAAGGAGGCAGAGGAGGCAGACCGGCAGCAGACGGAGAAACAACAGAAGAUGGAGCGCCUGAAGAAGGAGGAUGCGCAGAGGAAGGAGGCAGAGGAGGCAGACCGGCAGCAGAGGGAGAAACCGCAGGAGAUGGAGCGCUUGCAGAAGGAGGAUGCGCAGAGGAAGGAGGCAGAGGAGGUAGACGGGCAGCAGAGGGAGAAAGAGCAGGAGAUGGAGCGCCUGAAGAAAGAGGAUGCGCAGAGGAAGGAGGCAGACCGGCAGCAGAGGGAGAAACAGCAGGAGAUGGAGCGCUUGAAGAAGGAGGAUGCGCAGAGGAAGGAGGCAGAGGAGGCAGACCGGCAGAAGAGGGAGAAACAGCAGUAG